AUGAGUGCUAACAUAGGAAAGCAGUUAAGGAAUACUUGCACCUGGGGAGUAACCAGCACAGGCGGUCAGAGGGUUAUCGCUUACGCGCGAAUGUCAAACGUGACAAACCCUUGGUGGACAAUGUUUGGGAGAGCACCACCCUCUUUACCAGGUUGUAGAUGCUUACCACAGACUGAACCGGAGAGUGAUGAUGUGGCAAAGGCGCACGAGAUUACGAGGCCUGGCCUUCCUCCUGUGAACAGAGACACAGAAUUGAUUGAGGGAAUGCGACCACAAGGACUGUCUCUCGCUGGUGAAAUUUUCUGUGCCGCUGACCCGGCGCCGAAGGCCGGGGGAGCGGAAAAUAUCAACUUGAGUGAUCAAAGACAUAAGCCGUGUUCGGUUAUGGUGAACUCUCGUACAAGAUUUAAAUUAUAUGCUAAGGAAGAGGCUGAUCCACUUCUAGGAACGGUUAUUGUAACAGAAGAAGCCAAGCACCGAUCCUCAGCGCAGAAAUAUCCUCAUCUGAAGUUUUCGGCGCAAGUGACGGGCAAAUAUUUGUACUCAAGCAGGAAGCGGCAGACUAAGGUUGAUCUACUCAAGACGCCAUAUAUGUGCUUCGCUCUCCGCGGGAACGCAAAGAACUUUCUCAGAAUCAAAGUUAAUUAUCAGGAUACUUACAACAGAAGCAAAAACAUCGGUCUUACCUUGGAGCACAGUGCCCGUUUUGCUCGAGACAAAUGGAGCUACCAGUGCUUGAACCUGCAAGAAAUGGCCAUGAAUUCCCGAUUAAAGAGAUUUAUCAAGAAGGGUUCAUGGAUCAAGUUGUUUGAGGUGGAAGUUCCUGAACAAGAGGCUGUUCAUGAAACCCUUUACGUGGAUGAGGUCGCUUUUGUUAGUGAACCUUUGUAUGUCGAGGCCGAGCGUCCCUCCGUCCUCGAGAGUCUGGGAAUUCUAGUCUCCGAAGUGCGAGUGACACGUGGCGAGGGAAACAGGCGCGCGUUUAACCUCACUCUCCAAUCGGCCAACUGCGCUGGGAAAUACCCUCUUCUGGGACUAGUUUCGGAUUCCUUGAACGCCACAUGGAUGGAGGAACUUCGCACAGCCAGCAGAGCCUCCUUCAGCAUCGCCGGCGGAGAGGCGGAGGUGGAGAGGAUCCAGGAGACCAACCAGGACGUGAUAGGAUCGUGGGAGCUGGCCAUCGGAGGCACUACAAUUAAAGGUUUGUCUCCGUCUGUGAGUGCUUCCGAGUUGCAGACUGUCAUUGAAAGGUCAUUGGGCGUCGCGGGCGUGCAAGUGAGGUCGGGGGACGAGCAGGAGUCCUGUGGAGAGAGGAAGUGGCACUUGGAGUGGGUGGCACUGCCCGGCCGACAGGAGCUUUUAGUGCCAAGUGCCUCGAACCUCUUAGUAGGAGGAGAGCGGUAAAUAUAAGGGCGACGCGAGAGGAAGCUGGCUCGAUCGUGCACAGCCGUGUGUCGUCUCAGUUCUUCAGCGUUCGGAGGACUCAGCCCCACGUGUCGCUAACAGUGCGAGGUUACCGAGCAGUGUGCC